AUGGAAUGGGAGCCAGAUGAGCAAGCAUGGUUGACUUACAUCAAUUUCGAGUUGAGAUAUAAAGAGAUUGACCGAGCGCGUUCAAUCUAUCAGAGAUUCUUACAUGUGCAUGGUACAAAUGUAAAUAAUUGGAUAAAAUAUGCAAGAUUUGAAGAGAAGCAUGGUUAUAUAGGUAACGCUAGAGCGGUUUAUGAGCGCGGAAUGGAAUACUUUGGAGAAGAUAACAUCCAGGAAAAGCUGUUGGUGGCGUUUGCUUUAUUCGAAGAGCGACAGAAAGAACACGAGCGAGCGCGAGUUAUUUACAAGUAUGGGCUGGAUCACCUACCAUCAGAUCGAACAGCAGACAUCUUCAAGCACUAUACUGUACAUGAGAAAAAGUACGGAGAACGAGCUGGUAUAGAGGAUGUCAUUGUUAGCAAGAGGCGGACACAGUACGAGAAGGUAAGCGAUUCUGCCAAAGCACUAAGGACUUUUGAGGACACUAAGGACAGGCUUUUGAACCAAGUUACUGAGAAUGCUUUCAACUACGAUGCAUGGUUCGAUUAUCUGAGGUUGUUAGAGAACGAAGAAUGUCCGAGAGAAGAAGUUGAGGAUUUGUAUGAAAGAGCUAUAGCGAAUAUCCCACCCCAUGACGAAAAACGAUAUUGGAGGCGGUAUAUCUAUUUAUGGAUCAAUUACGCACUUUAUGAAGAGCUUACAGCUCAUGACGUUGACAGGACCAGACAGGUUUAUAAAGCAUGUCUGGACAUCAUUCCACAUAAGAAAUUCACUUUUGCAAAGAUUUGGAUUAUGUUCGCACAUUUUGAAAUUCGACAGAUGGAUCUCGCUGCAGCUAGAAAGAUUUUGGGAGUCUCGAUUGGAAAAUGUCCAAAAGAGAAAUUGUUUCGUUCAUAUAUCGAUCUGGAGUUGCAGUUGCGAGAGUUCGAUAGGUGUCGGAAGCUAUACGAAAAGUUCCUUGAAUACUCAUCCGAAAACAGCAACACUUGGAUCAAGUUCGCUGAGCUUGAGACGCUUCUUGGAGAUGUUGACCGUGCGAGAGCUAUAUUCGACAUCGCUGUGCAGCAGCCUGCUCUGGACAUGCCCGAGGUGGGUUCUUAUGACUUUUAG